CUGCCUUAACCUUACUGUGAGCAGCGAUGAAGGCGCUUUACCGAAGUCAAACCGGUUAAGUCCGUUUGUAAAGCUUUCAGACGGAGGCCCUCGUAGAAAGCGGAGUCUGCUGCUGGAAGUAAUGAUGGAGAAGAUACUACUAAGUUAUGGAGACUCCCUCUUGCGCUCUUCAGAUGUUGCACUCCUGGAUCCACCCCACUGGCUGAAUGAUAACAUUAUUGGUUUCAUCUUUGAGUUUUUGGCCUCCAAUCAAGAUCCCUCCAUAUCUCAGCGAGUGGCCUUCCUCAGUCCUGAAGUGAGCCAGUUCGUUAAGUGCUGCGAAAGAGAUGCCCCUGACUUCCUGCAACCACUGGACUUGCCCAGUAAAGACCUUAUCCUGCUGCCGGUCAACGAUAACACAGGGUCAGAAGCAGGGGGCACACACUGGAGCCUGCUCGCCUACGUUCGACAUAUCCCCAUCUUUCUUCACUACGACUCAGCACCUGGAACCAAUGCUCCUCACGCCAGACUUAUGGCCAGGAACUUAAGGACUCUGCUUAAUGGUUGUGAUAGUUAUCGAGAGGAACAUUCUCCAUCCCAGCACAACAGCUAUGAUUGUGGCAUGUACGUAGUAUGUGUGACUGAAGCCUUGUGUGAGCAGAUAAUGGGGGGAGCAGGCAGCCCAAGUCUGCAUAAAAUAACACCUCAAUAUGUAACCCAAAAACGGGCAGAGUGGAAGGAGAUCAUAAAAAGACUAAGCCGUAAUUCUGAGAAGAAGUGUAUAUGAAGCAGCGAGACUAAAACAAAAUAUACGAAACACCAUCUCUUUUAUAAACUAAAUAGUGUUUGGCCAACAAGGACACUAGGGGGGGUUGACAUGCUGCAUAAAAUCUUUACCUACCUUGAAUUCCGACCUCAUGAAAAAUAUUUGUAGCUUUCUGAAUAAAUGUUGUCAUGGCAGUGA